AGCAGGGCUGGGGCCGUGCGGGGCUGGGAGCGGCCAGACCAGGUGCCCCGGGAGCCUCCCGCCCCACUCGCGGGGUGCUGCGGCCGGCGGGAUGAAGGUGACAUUGACAGAGCUCCACAGAGACCUGAGGUACUUGGUGGCAUUGAUGGUAGAGCUCCACAGAGACCUGAGGUACUUGGUGGCAUUAACAGAGCUGCACAGAGACCUGAGGUAUUUGGUGGCAUUGACAGAGCUCCACAGAGACCUGAGGUACUUGGUGACAUUGACAGAGCUGCACAGAGACCUGAGGUACUUGGUGACAUUGACAGAGCUCCACAGAGACAUGAGGUACUUGGUGGCAUUGAUGGUAGAGCUCCACAGAGACAUGAGGUACUUGGUGGCAUUGACAGAGCUGCACAGAGACCUGAGAUACUUGGUGGCAUUGACAGAGCUGCACAGAGACCUGAGGUAUUUGGUGGCAUUGACAGAGCUCCACAGAGACCUGAGGUACUUGGUGACAUUGAUGGUAGAGCUGCACAGAGACCUGAGGUACUUGGUGGCAUUGACAGAGCUGCACAGAGACCUGAGGUACUUGGUGACAUUGAUGGUACAGCUGCACAGAGACCUGAGGUACUUGGUGGCAUUGACAGAGCUCCACAGAGACCUGAGGUACUUGGUGACAUUGAUGGUAGAGCUGCACAGAGACCUGAGGUACUUGGUGGCAUUGACAGAGCUGCACAGAGACCUGAGGUACUGGCACAAAGGGGACUCGAAAAGCCAAUUGCAGAAUAAAUAA